CUCGCCUAAGAAAUACCGCCUCAAAUAUGCCUCGGUGUUUCGCAAGAUAUCAAUAGAGGUCGCAGCUCGCUGCGCCGUGGAACGUUGACCGGUGACGAGCGGCAACAUUAGUGUGGUUUUAGUAAGUGAGUGGAUAUGCGAUGUUCAAAUUUUAAACCCAGCGAUGAAGCGAUGAUUAUCAUGAUAUGACCUGGCUUGGACCUGCCAGUCACUGGGCAGAUUUGAAACACGACUUUCUGACUCCUGAAGAUGAUGGACUGGGAGGAGGAACAUAACAACGUUGAACAAACUCAGACGAACACAACUUUCAUCCAUCUAAAAUGGAUGCGAGAAGCAAUGACAAUGGCAGAAGAAGCAUUAGCACACAGCGAAGUGCCAGUGGGCUGUGUCUUCGUGCGGAACAACAGCAUCAUCGCUCGUGCGAGGAAUCGCACCAAUGAAUUAAGAAAUGCUUCUAGACAUGCCGAGCUCGAAGCUAUCGAUCUUAUCCUCGCUGAUAAGGAGCUGACACCAGAGUCCACCCGUUAUCCUCUGGCAGAUAUUGAAUUGUAUGUCACAGUGGAACCAUGCAUCAUGUGCGCAUCAGCACUACGCCAGCUGGGCAUUAAAGAAGUCUUUUAUGGAUGUGAGAAUGAUAAGUUUGGCGGGUGCGGGAGUGUGUUAGAUGUCAAUGCGAGCGCGAGACAUCCAGCUCAUCCAUCCUACCAAGCUACUGGUGGGUACCUUCGAGAAGAAGCUAUAAUGAUUUUGCGUCGGUUUUAUGUGACGGAAAACACAAACGCUCCGAUUCCAAAGCAAAAGUCCAGUCGGGUUCUCAAGACAGAAAUUCCCCCGAAGAUCCAAACCUGACCGCCGCCCACGAUGGUAUUACGUCCCAAACGUUUGAAUGUCAGCAUGAGAAGGUUGCGGCGCUGAUUGGAGGCUGUUUUUUUUUCACAAGGUCGUCCAGGGCUACAACAGCAGCGGAAUUUCUUCCGGCGCGGAUCGCCCAAGUAAUGGACUAUACAUCACGGAGCUGGAUAGCAGCAGUACCGAAUACU